AUGGCCGACCCGCCCACGAUCAUCGCCAAAAAGCUCUCCUUCCUAACCCAACAAACCCGCCUCCUCACGACCCCCGAUCCGCUCCCCUCCCGGGCAUGGAACCGCUCCAACGCCUCGUCCGACUCGCCCCUCCCGCAGCGGGCCGUCGAUGACGCCCUGGCGAAGUUGACGCAGGUGCUGAAGCAGCACGCGAGGAGGGUGUAUCCCCCGCAGGCGGCGCGGCAUGUGGCUGAGCAGAUUGAGAGGUUAUACUGGGAGGAUACGGAGAGGAAGGCGGAGGGGAUAGGGGGCGACGGGAUUGGCAGGGAAGUCGAUUUGACUAGGGAUGCCGUCAUCGCCCGUCUACCACCCGUAUGGCCAUCCGACGAAGAAGCCUCCGCACACCCCGCCGAAGCCCACCGCUACGCGACACAAAUCGCGCGCCUCUCCGCCCUCGCCGACGAGAGGAAACAACUCCUCGCACGCGUCCGUCGCCUCAGGAGAAUGCAGGAGCUUCUUCGGCCCUUCGAGACGUCGUUCGUCGACGAGAGGGGGCGGGAGACCACCGCUGGCGUGCAGGAGAGUCUGCUUACAAGGAGGGGCCCGAUGGAGAAGGAACUGGAUAGGAUGAGAUUGUUGCUGCUGAGGGUUUCGGCGCGGCUGGGGGGUGUGCCGGGGGGACUGGGGCAUGCUGAGGAUAAAACGGUGAAGGAGAUUUUGGAGGGGGAUGAGGAGAGGGUCACGAAGGUUUUAAGGAGCUUGUGA